AUCGACCGUAAACAGGAGAAAGCGGAAACAAAAGAGGUUUUAUAAAAACACAAACACAUACCCGGUUGUCGAAGUACUCAGGGAAUAAACUACAGCCAUUUGGUUCGUCAACAAUAAUAGUGAAAUUUAAAUAAAGAGCGAGUCGACGACAGUUGAGGAGCAAACUGCAUCUACAUGGCACUGAAAAGAAUACAGAAGGAGCUGCAUGACCUGCAGAGAGACCCACCAGCACAGUGCUCUGCUGGCCCUGUGGGGGAAGACUUGUUUCAUUGGCAAGCAACCAUAAUGGGUCCGGGUGACAGUCCUUACCAAGGAGGAGUAUUCUUUCUCACAAUCCACUUCCCCACCGACUACCCAUUCAAGCCACCGAAGGUAGCAUUUACAACUAAGAUUUAUCACCCGAAUAUAAACAGCAAUGGGAGUAUCUGUUUGGACAUUCUACGGUCACAGUGGUCUCCAGCACUAACAGUGUCUAAAGUUUUAUUGUCCAUAUGUUCAUUGCUUUGUGAUCCAAACCCAGACGACCCCUUAGUUCCAGACAUAGCUCACAUGUACAAGAACGACAAAGACAAAUACAACAAACUAGCAAAAGAUUGGACCCAAAAGUAUGCCAUGUAAAGAAAAAGAAAGAUGAAGAAAAACAUGCUGAGAACUUUUCCUUUUUUUUUUUUAUGUCACAACACACUGUAAAUUAUAGUAUGGAAUCAUUACGUAAUCUUAGAUAAUUUUCAUUCAAACAACUGUUAUUAACAUGAUAAUUAAUCUGAGACCAUGACAUACAUUCUUUGUUUUUAUAUGGAAGCAGAAGGUUUUACUUUGAGCAGAAGGGAAAUAUUGCCUAUUGGCAUUUCAUAGAUACCGUGAUAUUUCAAAGUUUGGUAUGUUGUUUGUUUUUGUAUCAAGGAAAUUUUAUUUAUGAGUUUAUUACAAAUUGCUUCAAAGCAUUCUUCCUUUUUGAAGUAAAACUAGUGGAUUGUAGGUCAUAAAUCCCAAUGUAUGCCAUUCAGCAAUAAGCCUUUUUUAUUUUUUAAAGGAGCUGAGUAAUAGUGCAGCAGAAGAAUAGCAUACAUGUUAGACAAGCUGCUCCAUAACUGGAAAAACCCAGGUUCAGUCCCUGCUGCGCUCAUCAGCAGCCUGCAAGGAAACGCAGUGAACCAUGGAAAUGUGGAAGGGUGAAUGCCAAAUAUGUAAGCCCCUUAUUCUGACACAUUUUCAGUGGGUGAUGGAGUUUUUUAUUUUUUUUUUUUAUAGUUCUUUUGCAUCUUGUAGCAGACCAAGUGGAAUGAAACAAUGUACUGUUGCAGUUUCCCUGAAAAUGGGAGCAAUUACAAGUCAAGGCACCUAGUACUGUCUUUUUAUUAUAAUUGUUAUUAAUUGUAUAGUAUAACAUUUUUUUCAUUUAGAAUGAUCACAAUGUAAAUCUGUCAUUAAAAGUAUGUACUCUUUUCCCCUGAGAUUAGCAGUGAUGUUGGCUUUUUGGUUGGAUUUACACAGGCACAAAAAUUAGAUUUUUAACCAUGAAACCUGUACCUAAGGUUUAAUGUGUUCUGUUUGACCUAGUCUGUCUGUAUAUCUAUCUAUGCUAUAGAAAUGGUAAAAAUCCCAUUUUCUGUUCCUGUGUAAGCAGUCUCACUUGUGUCUUUGAGGCCUGUGUGGCACCUUUUGUACUGAAUUAAAGAAUGGUGCAGUUUUUAUCAUGA